CAAACUAGUUGACCAAGGCGAGGAAAAAUAAAAUUGACGGGUAUCGUCUGUGGCGUGUUCCAUCAGACUAAGGAGGGCUCUGCAAAUUGCAGGGGCGACGAACAGCCCGAGCAAUUCCUCCGAUCCAGCAACCGCAAUGUGGCUUAUCGAUGUAAGUAGGAGCGCGUCGCGAAAAUAGCUCCAAGCUUCCGCCCAGAGCAGUUGAUUGCAACUGCGGAUAUUGGCAGUCGCCGACACGUACGCCGCUAGCGAAGAUACGACCAGUAUGUCCGUUGGUUCGGCGCUAAUGGUGAGCGCCCACACCGAUUCGUCUUCACAGCAUCGGCCCAUUGUCUGGAAGGUGAUCUCGUCCCUACGUUUCUUAAACACAGUGAGCAAACACAAUGUAGCAUCGAACAACAUGCACCGCGUCGAGGAUCCCGAGUUGAGUUUACGGAGAAGAGCCGAUACGAAGCGGUGGACAGAGUCGACAUGGAAGUACAUUGGCGCUCCGGCAAUCCAGAUCAGUGUGAGGAACUGAACGGUUUGCCU